AUGAUUCUGGAGCAUUUGACUGGACAGCCCAAUAUUGUUGAGUUCAAGGGUGCCUAUGAGGACAGGGUAAAUGUGAAUUUGGUUAUGGAAUUUUGCAGUGGAGGUGAACUUUUUGAUAGGAUUACUGCCAGAGGGAGUUAUUCUGAAAAAGAGGCAGCAAAAAUUGGAAGGCAAAUUGUGAAUGUGGUUCAUGUUUGCCAUUUCAUGGGUGUGAUGCAUAGAGACCUUAAGCCUGAGAAUUUCUUGCUCGUUAGUCGUGAGAAAGAUUCUCCAUUGAAGGCAAUUGAUUUCGGGCUUUCAGUCUUCAUUGAGCAAGGUCAGUUUCAAAUUCUCUACGAAAUUGGAAUUUUCGUUUUCAUUUUUUAG